AUGGACACCAGCGUGGGGCGUCCCCAGCCGUGCACCCUGGCCAAGCUGCUCACCAACCAGCUCCUUCGAAGGCCCCUGGAGGUUUCUCUGGCUGAUGACCCAGAACCUCCGCCCUCCAAUGGAUCAGAGCCCAGCGCGCAAAGGGACGCCCCGGCCGGAGCCCCGCCCACGGUCCAGCGGCGCCCCGCCCACAAUGCCACGGUCCCGCCCCUCAAGGCAACGCGCACGGCCCCACGGCCCCGCCCCUCGGCGCCUCACCCACAGCUCCACGGCCAAGGCCCCGCCCCCCGGCGCCGCGCGCACAGCCCCCACGGAACAGGCACUCGGCGCCCCGCCCACAACACCACGGCCCCGCCCAUCGGCGCGGCGCGUAAGGCCCCACGGCAUCCCCACUCGGCGCCCGGCUCACAGCACCCCACUCCGCCCCCCCGGCGCCACGCGCAAGGCCCCACCACUCGGCGCCCCGCCCUCACCCCCCGGCCCCGCCCCACGACGCCGCGCGCACGUCACGACGGCCCAGCAGCCCCCGCGCGGCACGCCCCCUGCUCGCUGUGGCGCACGCGCGGCUCGGAGCUGGACUCCAGGCCGUGCUCCGCGCCGGGCCUUGGUGGCGACCUCUUCUGGCGACGGCGGCCACUGGGCGUCGCGCGCAUGCCCGGGAGGGGCGGACCGCUCUUCCUGCGAGGCGGCGGCACCGACGCCGCUGCUGGGCCCAAGAUGGACCUCCCAGCCCUGCUCGCCGCCCCGCCCCCGGGCUACCGCUGCCCCGAGCCGCAGUGCGCGCUGGCCUUCGCCAAGAAGCAGCAGCUGCAGGUGCACCUGCUGACGCACGGCGGGCCCCAGGCGCGCCGGCCCUUCAAGUGCCCGCUGGACGGCUGCGGCUGGGCCUUCACCACCUCCUACAAGCUCAAGCGACACCUGCAGUCGCACGACAAGCUGCGCCCGUUCGGCUGCCCCGUGGGCGGCUGCGGCAAGAAGUUCACCACCGUGUACAACCUCAAGGCGCACAUGCGCGGCCACGAGCAGGAGAGCCUCUUCAAGUGCGAGGUGUGCGCCGAGCGCUUCCCCACGCACGCCAAGCUCAGCUCGCACCAGCGCAGCCACUUCGAGCCCGAGCGGCCCUACAAGUGCGACUUUCCCGGCUGCGAGAAGACCUUCAUCACCGUGAGCGCCCUGUUCUCCCACAGCCGUGCGCACUUCAGGGAGCAGGAGCUGUUCCCCUGCUCCUUCCCCGGGUGCAGCAAGCAGUACGACAAGGCCUGCCGCCUCAAGAUCCACCUGAGAAGCCACACAGGUGAAAGACCAUUUAUAUGUGACUCGGACAGUUGCGGCUGGACCUUCACCAGUAUGUCCAAACUCCUGAGGCAUAAAAGGAAACACGACGAUGACCGGAGGUUCACCUGCCCCGUGGAAGGCUGUGGCAAGUCCUUCACCCGCGCAGAGCACCUGAAAGGGCACAGCAUCACCCACCUGGGCACCAAGCCCUUCGAGUGCCCCGUGGAAGGGUGCUGUGCCAGGUUCUCCGCCCGCAGCAGUCUCUACAUUCACUCCAAGAAGCACCUCCAGGACGUGGGUGCUCCCAAAAGCCGCUGCCCGGUGUCCAGCUGCAACAGACUCUUCACCUCCAAGCACAGCAUGAAGGCGCACGUGGUGCGGCAGCACAGCCAGCGCCCAGACCUGGUCCCUCCCCUGGAGGCGCCAAGUUCGCUCACCCCCAGCAGUGAGCUGAGUGGCCCCGGGCAGAGCGAGCUCAGCAGCUUGGACCUGGCCGCCCUGUUCUCAGAGCCACCCGCCAGCGGAGGUGCCGCAGCUGCGGGGUCAGAGGAGGCGCUGAGUUCUGGGAUCCUCACCAUCGACGUCACUUCCGUGAGCUCGUCCCUGGGAGGGACCCUGCCAGCCAACAGCAGCUCCUUGGGGCCCAUGGAUCCCCUGGUCCUGGUGGCCCACAGUGACCUUCCUCCAAGUCUGGAGAGCCCCCUCAUCCUGGGGACAGCGGCCACAGUGCUCCCGCCGGGCAGCUUCAGCGUGGAGGACGUGCACGCGGUGACCACGGGACCCGUGGGCUGCCUGGUGGCCCUGCCCGUGGGCCAGGACCCAGGGGCUUUGACGUCCAGUGGCAACUUAGCAGCACACGCCACCACCCCGGCCUGCAGCAGCGUCCCCGAGCUGCCAGCCCCCGUCAAGGUGGAGAGGGACCCGCCUGUGGCCUCACAGCAGGCAAGCCACGCGCCACCCCCGCCCGCGUCCUGCAGCCCCCCAGAGCAGCACAGUGCCCGGGGCACAGAGCCCGCUGCCGGCCCCGGUGGCCUCUACCUGCUGUGUGACGUUGGGCUCCCUCGUGUCCCUGAGUACAAAUGGUGUGUGGUGACUGGGCCCCAGGAAAGUGGGGGCUCAGCGAGAACUGAUUCCCGGGCCGUGCAGCUAGCCCAGAAAAAAAAGGAAGGAGCGGCCCGCCGUGCAGAAGCCCCCGAAUCCACUCAGAGGAAACUCAGAGAUGGCCAACGUGGGCCUCCCUGCCUCCAGGGAGGCCAAAGCAGCUGUCCACGUGGGAGCCUCCCCGGGCCCCUCGGAGGUCCACCAGGGUCCGCUCUGACAGCCGGGCUCCAGUGCGUCCAGGUUCCGGUCCUGCAGGGUGAUCCCUCGGGUGAAGGAGUCCUGCCUCUGGCCCUCAGUCCCCAGCCCUCGGCCUUCCACCCCUGCUUCACCCUGGAUUUGCCUGUCUACGUCCUCCAGGUUGGAGUCCUUAUUUAUUAUUAAUUAUUAUUAUUAUUA